CUGUGAAGAAACAACACUUCAAAGUUCAAACCCCUCCAUAUUUCACUGUUGCUGCCUUUUGCAAUGGCAUUCUUAACAACAAUUAUGGUUUUAUUUACGAUCUCAUAUAUUUGUUUAUGGUUAACAAAGUUGGUAUUUGGGCGAGGGGAAACAUGCUAUAUGAUCGACUACGAAUGCUACAAGGCAACGAAGGAUACAAAGUUGGACACUGAACAGUGUACAAAGAUUGCUUCACGCAACAAGAAUCUGGGUAUCGAAGAUUACAGGUUUCUUGCAAAAACCAUGGUUAGUUCAGGCCUUGGUGAAGAAACUUAUGGUCCAAAAAGCAUCAUAUUGGGUGAAGAAGAACACCCAAAACUUGUUGAUUCUCUAUCAGAAUUAGAAUCCGUGUUCUACGAUACGCUGGAUAGAAUAUUUGCCAGAUCGAAAAUUUCGCCAUCUCAAGUUGAUAUACUUGUGGUGAAUGUAUCGCUACUCUCAACGGUGCCUUCUUUAACAGCUAGAAUCAUUAAUCAUUACAAUAUGCGGUCCGAUAUUAAGGCGUUUAAUCUCAUAGGAAUGGGGUGUAGUGCGAGUCUAGUUGCUAUCGAUCUGGUGCAACACUUGUUCAAGACUCAGAAGAAGAAAAUAGCCAUUGUUGUGAGCACAGAAGCAAUGUCAGCUCAUUGGUAUUGUGGGAGAGAAAGGUCCAUGAUGCUCUCUAACUGUCUUUUCCGGGUAGGAGGUUGUUCGAUGCUUUUAACCAACGACAGGGCUCGCAAGAAUCAGGCCAUUUUGAAGCUCAAAUGUAUGGUUCGAACCCAUUUGGCCUCGGAUGACGAAGCCUACAACUGCUGCAUGCAGGUUGAAGAUGACGAAGGAUAUGAAGGCUUUCGUCUCAACAAAACACUCACCAAAGUUGCUGCUCGAGCUUUGACGAAGAACCUACGGGUGCUUUUACCAAAAGUGCUUCCACUUCGGGAGAUAAUUCGUUAUGUAUUCCUGAAAUCUCGUUCGAAAAUCAAUGUGAAAACUGGAAUCGAACACUUCUGCAUACACCCAGGAGGAAGAGCUGUGAUAGAUGACGUGGGUGCAAGUCUAGGGCUAAGCGAGUAUGACCUUGAACCAGCCCGAAUGGCGCUGCAUCGUUUUGGGAACACUUCGUCUGGUGGGCUCUGGUAUGUUCUAGGGUACAUGGAGGCCAAGAAAAGGUUGAAGAAAGGUGACAGAAUCUUGAUGAUUAGCUUGGGUGCAGGUUUCAAAUCCAACACCUGUGUGUGGGAGGUCACCAGAGAUUUGGAUCGAACAAAUGUUUGGAAAGAUAUUAUCGAAAAUUACCCUCCAAAGAAGACCAUAAACCCUUAUAUUGCUAAGUACGCAUGGAUUCAUGAUAAAGACAUGGAUUUUGUGACAACUGAUGAUAUAAAGAUGAUGCUACUUGGUUCUGCUGCGUAGAGCAUUAUUUUUCAAAUAUUCAUCGCAUCAUGUUGCUUCCAUCUAUCAACGAUAGAUGCUCAUUUAUAAAGCUUAUUUUUCAUCACGAAUAAGAGACAAUAACGAGUCGUUGUCGACAUGUCCAAGUUAAGUGUGAUUAGGUUUCUAGUUAUUUGAACAUUUAGAUGUUUGAUAAACUGUCUACAUGAAAAUUAUGCGUAUUUUAAUAUACUGGUUUAAAAAGUAAA